UUUACCCCGUAAAAAAGGCUAUGAGUAGCACCGACGAUUUCAGAAAAAGCGGUAAAACACCAAAAGCCCCGACGGAAGGGCUAGAUUACACCCUGGGCUCAGAUCGUACGGAAACAACGGGCUCAAGCGGCCAUUACAUUAAUCAAUCGAGCAAACAUGAGCAAGCAGAGCGCUAUCUCGCCGAUCGCAAGAUCUACGAACUCUUUAAUUUUUUAAUAGGCCAUUUGCUGGCAGACGAGCCUGACGAUCCUAUCGAGUACCUGGACACUCUUCUCACCAAGUGUAUGCUCUUCAAAUCGGAUAUGGACGAGCCACCGCUGCUCUUCACCAGCCGCCACAUCGCGAGCUUAUUUCAAAGUAUGAAUCCAUCUGGCAAUGGUGUACUUACCCUCCAGCAAUACAGGACUGGCAUGAAGACCCUCGGAAUCACCAACUACAAUCAGCGUCCAGUUGAGUGCACACCAGGUCACGUUGACAGGCAAACCUUUGAGGACGAAGCAAAAAAAUGUCUCAUACAGGCGCUCGCUGAAAUAGUGGGCAAAUGUGACUGAAAAUGGACUCGAGGUUAUUGAAGAAGGACGUAUUACUCUCAAGCUGGCACAGCUGCAUUCGUUUGUACCAAGAAAUACCGACAUUCGAGACGCUGUUUUGAGCUCUGGAGUUACGCCAUGUAAAGUCAUUUAAACAAUAAAAUCAAAAAUGUUACUGAGAAUUCUAUAUUGGUUGCUAAGGAUUCAUUUAUCCAACCAGUCCUCAAGAAAUUCAUACUCAGAAUUAUGCAAGCCAGACACUAUCGCAAACCACGGGGUCACGCUCUGAGUGACUCGCCCCAUAUUCGUCGGCAAUUCUUUCCUACC